AUGUUCAUAACACACAUUGCAGAGUCGAGUGGACCCCAGACAGCUGAAGUAGAGUCUGGCAAUCUACAGGGCAUCCUCACAGCUUCUGAGGAGGAGGAGGAAAACCGAUCUCCAGCUGCUGGCCCAUGCAUGCCAGGGAAAUGUCCAUCACACCUGGUGGAUCAUUUGUGUCUCAAGGAGGAGGUUGACUUCAAUAUUAACUAUAAAGAACAUAUGGACCUGCUAGUGCUACAUGAACUACAGGCAGAGCGUGAUAAUAUCAUCAAGCUGAAUAGUCAGCUGCAGAACAAAAUAGCAGAAAACCUGAGGAAGAAGAGAGGUAGUGAACAUUCAAAAAUGGCAAAAGAUACCUCAGACCAGGAACAGUACCAAAAGUACAUGGAUCUCAUGGAAGACCUGCAAUUGCAGCAUCGCCGUGGGUCAGAACUUUACCAACAUCAGACUGAGGAGCUUUGCCAGCAAAGCCAAGAGAAACUGAACCAGGUGAAACAAGAGUUGCAACCAUUUGCAGCACUGAAACAUGAGGCUGCCUUGACAGCACUGACUGGUAAAGUGGGCAAGCGGGCAGCACUAGCCCAGUUGGAGCAGCUACAGACAGAGGAACAGAAGCAGAAGGAUGAGCUGGUAUGUGUGCGUCUGAACAACAUCCAGCUGAAGAACAAAAUAUGCACGUAUGAGGCUGCACUUCAUUCCAAACAGGAGUUAGCUGAUGGGUUGCUCCUGGUGGAUUUUGAGCAGCUCAAGACAGAGAACCAGACAUUUAAAGCCAAAUAUAAGGAGCACAGGGAGGAGCUUCUUAGGUUAAAAAAGGUCACCACCUCUUGUUUAGAUUCACUUUCACAUUUGAAAAUGAAACUGCAUUUUGUUCAGAUGGAGAAUGAGGCUAAACACACUCAGCUGGCAGAAGCGGAAACAUUCGUGGCUCAUAAACAUGACAUGCUGACACACACCCGUCAGGCUCGUGACAGUUUGCGUACAGAUAAUCUUAUGCUACAACAGCGUUGUGGCCUGCUGGGGAACACCAGGCUGCUUCAAGACUUUGAGGAGAAGGUGGACACCUCUGAAUUCCUGCAGCAAAGACUAGAGAUUUUAAGAGGCCAUGCUGAGCUCUUACUGAAGUGUGCUGGUGUGAAGCAGAAGCAAAGCGGGGUGCAAAUGACAACACAGAUGUGCACAAAAAUACAAUGCAUGCACUUAAUGUAUUGA